UUUUUAGCAGAAUUUCGCACAUGAACGUUGACUGACGAUCUCCCUAGUUCCUACAUCUCUAACAGAAAGAAAAAUUUCCUCUGUUUUUAAUAUUCUCUAAUCUCUGGUGACUAGUGCGGUAAUAAUAUACGUUAAAAGAAUUUUGCUAAUUCUGUGAUAUGGCAAAACAUCAUCCAGAUUUAAUUUUUUGUAGAAAACAACCGGGAGUUGCAAUAGGGAGGUUAUGCGAGAAAUGUGACGGUAAAUGUGUAAUUUGUGAUUCUUAUGUAAGACCUUGUACUUUGGUUCGGAUUUGUGAUGAAUGCAAUUAUGGAUCUUAUCAAGGCAGAUGUGUUAUCUGUGGUGGACCUGGUGUGUCUGAUGCCUAUUAUUGCAAAGAAUGUACAAUCCAAGAGAAAGAUCGUGAUGGUUGUCCAAAGAUUGUAAAUCUUGGGAGUUCAAAGACUGAUCUAUUUUAUGAAAGGAAAAAAUAUGGGUUCAAAAGAAGAUAAGUACUGGUACCAACAAUUUUUGAUGUGUAUAAAAUUCUAAUGUUGCAAAUAAACAACUUUUUUUAUAAAAUUGUAAUAAUAUCUAUUUUUUAAGUUAAUAAUUUAAUUUCAAAUUCUCUUAAUUUCAAAUACAAUCUCUUUGUUACAAAAUGUGUGUAUGAAUUAACGUUUUUGUAAGUUAUAAAGAAAUUUAAAAUGGAGAAAUAAAUUGUAAUCGUGC